UCCGGAAGUGACCUAAUGCGUCUAUUUUCAUUGGGUGCUUGCCCCAACACUAUAAAAUCGCCGUGCCAAACGAGCACAGCAGCAGAUCCAGAUAAGCAGCGUCGUAAACAAGUGCCUUACCUAAUGAAUUGGAUCAAAGUAAUCAUUUUGCUGUCGAGCUUGUCCGUCUAUGUGAAGGUAGCAGAACCAGCAUCAUUGGACAUCAGACGUUUGACAAAGCGGGAUUCAACGGCAAUCGACAGCAAUUCGACUGCAGGUGCCCAAAUGCAGAAGAAGUCGACUUUGCUGGCAAAAUAUCACGAUGGAAAGUGUGCACCAGAAAUCUACCGACACACCAUCCGUUUUCCCUAUGUGCCUCAUGGUUGCAGUGCAACAGUUGAAGUAAACAUGUGUUACGGCCAUUGUCCGAGUUGGACCCAACCGAGUACUACGACUACAGCCGAGAAGCCAUCAGUUACAAGACACUGCAGAUGCUGCCGUCCAAUUAGAGGGAAUCCAGUCGAGUUUAGAGUUAAUUGUAAACGCAAUCGAGCGUACAGACACGGUGGUGGUGCAGUUCCACAUGGGCAACACUUGGUCAGAGUGCCAGAUGUUGAAUCAUGCAGAUGUAGACCAUCUCCUUGUGAAUUGUACUGAAUACAGUAGAGACAAAGGAAACAAACCUGGAUUGUGCCAUGGUGGAUACUAGGAGUUCUAAUUGACAAGGACUACAAAUAAACAAACUAGGACAUCUACAUAGUGAAUAUAAACAGAAUGCUAGCAUAUCUUCUGUCAUGGAGUAUAAAAUAAGUAUGUAUAAGCUAGCUGUGGUACUGUGGCCAUGUACACAAUGAGUAUGGUUGACUGCCUGCAGAUAGAGUAGCCACAGAUGUAAAACUGUGUAUUUAUUUUGCUAUUAUUACAAAUUUCAGAAGAUCUCUACUAGAAA